CAAUUGUAAGAUAACGACACAUUCCUUAAUAGAUUAUCUUCUCUUAAUCACAAUUUACUCCUUCAAUUAAGACUAAUCACUCCUUGCGAACAAUAAUCUUUCUCUGUCUGUCUCCGUCUCUGGCAUUUGGGCUUCUCAUAUUCAGUCUCUCUCUUCUGGGUUUUUCAGAGGCCAGAGCAGUCUUCAGAGGCUACAAUCCGCACAAGGGAGGGACUUGUAAGUGGUUUGCCUUGCGUUUUUUGUGUCAAAAUGACUGUAGAGCAAGUAGUUGGUGACGGCAGAGAUCAAUUUCCGAUUGGUAUGAGAGUUUUGGCCGUUGACGAUGACCCAACUUGUCUAUUGUUGCUGGACACUUUGCUUCGUCGCUGCCAGUACCACGUUACCACGACAAACCAGGCAAUCACUGCACUGGAGCUGCUGAGAGAAAACAAGAAUACAUUUGACUUGGUUAUUAGUGAUGUCCAUAUGCCAGACAUGGAUGGUUUUAAGCUGCUUGAGCUCGUUGGGCUUGAGAUGGACCUUCCUGUUAUAAUGUUGUCAGCAAAUGGUGAUACCAAGCUUGUAAUGAAGGGGAUAACUCAUGGAGCUUGUGAUUAUUUACUCAAACCUAUACGGAUUGAGGAGCUGAGGAACAUAUGGCAGCAUGUGAUAAGGAGAAAGAAAGUUGAUAACAAGGUCAGGAAUAUUUCUGACAAUCAAGAGAAGCCUCAUCAAGGAAGCGAUGAAACCACAGGAUUAGGAAAUUCGGAGCAGAAGCUUAACAAAAAGCGAAAGGACCAAAAUGAGGAGGACGAUGAAGACCAUGAUGAGAAUGAUCAUGAUAUUGAUGAUUCUUCAGCUCAGAAGAAGCCUCGCGUUGUCUGGUCGGUAGAGCUACAUCGCAAGUUUGUUGCAGCUGUUAAUCAGCUUGGAAUUGACAAGGCUGUGCCUAAAAAGAUUCAAGAGUUAAUGAAUGUGGAAAAGCUUACAAGAGAAAAUGUGGCAAGCCAUCUCCAGAAAUAUAGGCUCUACCUUAAGAGGAUCAGCUGUGUGGCAAACCAGCAAGCCAAUAUGGUGGCAGCCUUGGGUAGUACCGAUUCUUCAUGUUUACAAUUGGGUUCUGUGAAUGGAUAUGGAUUCCAUGCUUUGUCUGGAGCAGGCCAGUUUCAUAAUCCGGCUCUCAGAACUCUCCAACCUAGUGGGAUGCUUGGUAGAUUGAAUACUCCUACUGGUCUGGGUCUGCAUGGUCUUCAGACUCCUGGAAUGAUGCAAUUGAAUCAAGUGCAAAACUCAGGCAACUUGGCCAAUGAUCAAGCUCAGUUCCAGCCACUCAUGCUUCCUGGAAACCAUAAUGGGAACAUACUUCAAGGGAUGCCCAUGUCUUUAGAUUUUGAACAGCUACAGUCAAACAAGAGUAUUACGUGCAUUGGAGAGAUUCCCGAUGUCAUUGAUGAUACAACUGCUUUCCCUGUUUCUAGUGGCUUCCCAGAUGCAAAAAUAGAGAGUUCAAACCAUCUCCUUGGUGUCACAAACAAACCAUUGAUGUUAGAAGGACUCCUUCAAGAAAGCCAAGGUGGCCAAAAAUUCGGAAAACAAUCUCCUAUAUCGGUUGCCUCUUUAAAUUCAGGAUUUUCGUCCCAUGUUCUGGACCAUGCUAGAUGUAGUGACAGCUGGUCAAGUGCUGAUCAAUCAACCAGUUCCCAAUCCAAUUCUUUUCAGUUAAGUGAGCGUUUUAAACGGGCUAGUCAACGUGCUAGUAAUGUGAGAGAAAGCAUGUCUAUGUUGGCUUUCCAAAUGGGAAAUAAUUCCUGUGAUGUUUCUUCUAUGUCUUCACUACCCCCACAGUUUCAGGAGGCAAAAGCUGAUUUACAAAGCCAACCAGAUUUAGAUAACGGUUGUGCUGGCCAAAUAAUUAACAAUGCCCUGCAAGGUUGGGAUGACCGUAGACACGACACAUCCUACGUUUCAAGAGCUGCGGUAAACUCAGCUAUUCCUAUUAAUGUUCCUGGACGUCCACUGGGCCAGAACAUGGAUCCUUAUAAUCUAGUUCUCCAGAGAACCACAGAUUUCAGUUUGACAAGACAAUCAAGUUUUGUUGAUUCAUUACCCUUACCCAUGAAGAAUAAUGAGACAGAGAAUUCGGCUUUAGAGACACUGCUGAAGUCAAAGGACAGCCAUAUCAUGGGCCCACAAAAGAUGCAGGGCAGUUACAUUACCAACAAUUUUGGAUACUUAGAAGACAUAGCAAUUGCAAUGGUGAAACAGGAACCGGACAAGGGGAAUUCAAUUCAAGGAGACUUUGGAUCUGAUGCUUAUUCGUUCAGGAGAUGCAUGUAAAAGUAGUAUUUACCCACUGAGUCUCGUAGAAAGAAGGGUAUGCUAUAAAAGUCUAGGCCUUCUCCAUGAAUUUUGCCGUCGUAAUGUUGUUAGUGUCCUUGUUUAUGCAUUCCUCUGCAACAUUGUCCUAAGGCUCCUAGACAUGUUAACUUUUAUGUUGCAAUUUAUUUUGCUGUUGUGGUCAUAAUCUUCAGACAUUGUUUCAACCGACCAAACUUGCUGGUUCUAUAUGCAGAAAAUAAUUACUGGGUCUUCUUUUCUUUC